ACUGCACUCCUGCAGCUCUGUUACUGAUCUACACGGCUGUAUAAUUGACGUCUCAAUCGUCUAAAAUGUCUUGACUGAACUCAACUGAGCUGUAAAUCUAAACGUUGUCUCUGUAGUAUUGUUAACGUCCACAUUCACCACCCACAUCAUUAGUUACACCUUGUUGGUACCAGUUUGGACCCCCUUCUGCCUGCACAGCUGCCUUAAUUAUUUGUCGCUUAGAUUCCACAAGGUGCUCGAAACAUCUCUCUGAGAGUUUGACAUGAUAGCAUCACACAGUCAUCGCACAUCCGUGAUGUGAAUCCCCCGUCCUACCACAUCUCAAAAGAGUUCUAUUGGAUUGAGAUCUGGUGACUUAAGAGCAUGUUCAAGAAACCAGUUUGAGAUGACUUAAGCUUUGUGACAUGAUACGUUACAAUGGAAAUCCAGGCUCAUCAGACCAGGCGUUGCUUUUUCAGUCUUUUGUUAUUCAAUUUUGGUGAGCCUGUGAAAUUUUAGCUUGCUUUUCUUGUUCUUAGGAGACAGGAGUGGCGCUCAGAGUGUGGUCUUCUGCUGCUGCAGCCCAUCUGCUUCAUGGAUGGUCAAGUUGUACAUUCAGAGAUACUCUUUUGCAUACCUUGGUUAUAAUAAAGUUACAUUUUCAGCCAGAGAAAUACUGUUCUCUGGAUAUUUUCUCUUUCAAACCAUUUUCUGUAAACUCUAAAAAGGGUUGAACUCAUACCAGCCCGUCUGGCACCAACAACCAUGCUAUGUUCAAAGUCGCUUAAAUCAUCUUUCUUUCCUUUGUUUGAACUUCAGCAGGUUGUUUUCAAGCAACAAGGCCAACAUUAGGUUUGUUUUCUGCUUUUCUCAUACAAGAAAGACAAAAAACCCCAGAAAACAAUUACAAUUUUUCAUGCUGACCAAAACAAAGUUCUAUAUUUCUCUCAAUAUAUUCUAUAUAAUUAUAUAUAGUUCAUAUAUUUUAGUUAAUCCACCUAAUGUGAAUGAUGUGCAUUGGAUAAAGCGUCUGUGUUUAAGGUACAAGUACCUCCGUUAUCCAUCACUCGUCUCAUCAAUUUGGAGACGGUCGUUCUUUCAUCCCUCUUCUGCUUUAAACCUAUAAAAACCUUUGAUCAGGUGUCAAAAUCGUGACACAGCUUUGCCCAAGUGGAGUCCCAGGAUGAUAAACAGUGCACAGCAUUAGCUGUUUGUAGAAGAUUAGGCAGCACACAGAGCUUAGUUGAAGCGUUACUUAAACUCUCUCUCGCUGCUUCCUCUUCCUCCAGUGAGUGAACUCAGUUCUCCUGGGACUGAUUCUAAUGGCUUCAUAGUCUAGUGAUGGCGUAGUAUAAUGCUUCUACUUUGUUCCUGGGUGCACCUAAAACAUUUUUUUUAGAAAAACUACUUCAUCAGGAGAUGGGAACUGUGAGAUUUUACAUACUGCUGCUCCUGUUGUUGUUUGGAUCCAUCCACAGAGGGAUAUCUCAGUUUCCUGAGUGGAAUGGAGAGCUGGAAGGUAGUGGUGAGAUAGAAUCGAUUUCCCAGCCGAAUUUCAUAGAUGACACAUACUGGUCUGGGUCAGCCCCGCUUUGUUUAGGAGGUUGUAAAGCGCGGCACCGGGAGCUGAGGAGAGAUCGCUGUGGAGACUCUAGCUGCUGCUGGCUCGGCUACAAAUCCUUGUGCAGAGUGAACUGUGGAAGGCCAGAUGUGGACUACAAUGGAGCAGUGUAUGGUAAUGACUGGUGGGUGGGAUCUGUGGUGAGGUACACCUGCCGCUCAGGAUUCAGGCUUAUUGGAAACUCUACCAGAUCAUGUCAGCAUAAUGGCCUCUGGACUCCAAAACCUAUCUGCCUACGAAUGUGUAAGCAGGGGCAGAUUGAAAUCAGCGAGCGUGAACUGAGUGGGACAUGCAACUCCACCUGCGUGGGUAAGAGCUACUUCGGCCCACCCAAACGAGGCUGCACUCAGAUAGACAACUGCAGGAAGAAGGAGACCGGCUGGAAACGGUUCUUUGCACAAUGUGUCCCUUGCAUUUGUGACUGCGCUUUCUCGUGUGGUGAGUUGCUUCCACCUCCACAUUGUCAGGACAAAUGCAAAUCAGAAUGAGCAUGCUGCGGUGCUGUCUGUGUACAAAUACAUUUGAAUAUUGCUCUACACAUGAAUUUGCCAUCCUUCUUUCAGGAAUGAUAUCUGCUUUGUUUUUUGUUUUGUUUUGUUUUUUUCAAGUGUCUGCAGGCUAAAACACAGAGAUGCUUACAGUGUAACAAGGCUGCAGACAAAGAGGAGACACAGACCGGCUGUAGACCAAAGAGUCACGCUGCAUUUCUGCUGCUUCAUCCAAUUUUAAGAACAAAUCUGGGUGUUUAAGGACAAUAAUUUAAUCUCUCCGGCACACACUCCAAGCCUGCCUGCCUGCUUUCUGUAUGUAAAGGAUUACAUGGCAAGAACAAAUCCUGCUGGCACGCCAGUGUUAAGUCACUCUUUAGGAUGCAAAGCGGCGAGAGGGUCAGAAAACAAAAGGGAGGACAAAUUUAGUGAAAGGCGCCUGAGAGGUUUAGAUUAGAUUCAAGUUCAGCAAUUAUUUGAAAUAGAAAGCGACUUUGGCUGAUUUUAAACCCCAUUUUUGGGCUUUUCAACAUCAUUUCCUGUCCAUAUAUAUAUAUAUAUAUAUAUAUAUAUAUCAUACUAUAUUUAGCUUGGAUGUCUGCAAACACAUGCACAUGUUUACUUUCCUCAGAUAAGGAUGGGAAUCAGAGAAACAAGGAAAGAGGGAAGUGAAGCCAAAGAGAUUGGCAUCUUGCGUCUCCUCUCAGCCCAUCUGUCGUGGAAGGAGCUGAGACCUUAAUCUUGUUAUAAGAUGUUUGUUCAGGGGUCAGAGUUAACAGAGAGAGUGGUGUAGAACUGUUAACAGCAUUUAUACUUUAGGUGUCAUGCUGUGUGUACUUUUAUUUUCAAGUUAUUUAUUGAGAAAUGUAUAUCACAAGCCAAUUGUAUGAAUGUGAAAUGAAUUAAAAACUACUCAUGUCUUUGAAAUCAAAGGUUUAACAUUUAAAGCGAUGAUUUCUGAGCCAUGCAGACCUGAAGCAGAGCUUUACAGAUGGCACUAAUAAUAUUCUGAUUGGAUUAUAUUAUCAGUCAUCCCCCGUGUCCAUCAUCCCAUCGCUCCUCACAAAACAACUACUGAGCAUUAGGCUUCCAGGCAGGCCUGUGACACUUGAUAUAGUUCCAAAUUAAAAAAUGGUAAGAAGUAGUGUGGAGAAAGCAAGUCACUAAUCAAAGAUUUUCAAAAGAUAUAUGACAAAAUAUUUAAUAAGUUUUGACCUCUGCUCCCAUUUAAUGGCUUAUAUGUUUUAUAUAUUUUAAAAUCACAUUAAAAGACUUCAUUAUUUUUUUUCCUCUGUCUUUUUUUUA